CUUCACAGCGUGGACCAGCAGACCUCAGGAGCUCCUAAAGGCCGGUCUGCCCAGGAUCAUCAAACACACCUGGACUCCAUAUUUAUGCUGCUGGAGGACAACAUCAUCGCAUUUGUGAAGAGUGAGCUGAAAAAGAUACAGAAGGUUCUGAAUCCAGAUUACCCACAAUGCUUAGAGAGUCAAAGAGAGGUUGAUGAGUUGUUGGAGGGUGAGGAUGAAGAGGAGAGGAAGAGAAGUAGAGAAGCAUUUCUGAAGAUCACACUGCACUUCCUGAGAAGAAUGAAGAAGGAGAGGCUCGCUGACUGUUUGCAGUGCAAAUCUCCUUCCAUGUGCCAACAGAAUCUCAAAUCUACUCUGAAAAAGAAGUUCCAGUGUGUGUUUGAGGGGAUCGCUAAAGCAGGAAACCCAACCCUUCUGAAUCAGAUCUACACAGAGCUCUACAUCACAGAGGGAGGGACUGCAGAGGUCAAUGAUGAACAUGAGGUCAGACAGAUUGAAAAAAAUUCCAGAAAACCAGACAGACCAGAAACAACAAUUAGACAAGAAGAUAUUUUUAAAGGCUUGCCUGGAAAAGAGGAACCAAAAAUAGUGCUGACAAAAGGAGUGGCUGGCAUUGGGAAAACAGUGUUAACACAGAAGUUCAUUCUGGACUGGGCUGAAGGCAAAGCCAACCAGGACAUCCAGUUCAUAUUUCCAUUCACUUUCAGAGAGCUGAAUGUGCUGAAAGAGAAAAAGUUCAGCUUGGUGGAACUUGUUCAUCACUUCUUUACUGAAACCAAAGAAGCAGGAAUCUGCAGCUUUGAAGACUUCCAGGUUGUGUUCAUCUUUGAUGGUCUGGAUGAGUGCCGACUUCCUCUGGACUUUCACAAUGCAGACAUCCUAACUGACCCCAGAAAGUCCACCUCAGUGGAAGUGCUGCUGACAAACCUUAUAAGAGGGAAACUGCUUCCUUCUGUUCACCUCUGGAUAACCACACGACCUGCAGCAGCCAAUCAGAUUCCUUCUGACUGUGUUAACAUUCUGACAGAGGUCAGAGGGUUCACUGACCUUCAGAAGGAACAGUACUUCAAGAAGAGGUUCCCAGAUGACAAGCUAGCUGAUAAAGUUCUCUCACAUAUGAAGACAUCACGAAGUAUUCACAUCAUGUGCCACAUCCCAGUCUUCUGCUGGAUCACUGCUACAGUUCUGGAGGAUGUGCUAAAAACCAGAGAGAGAGGAGAGCUGCCCAAGAACUUGACUGAGAUGUACAUCCACUUCCUGGUGGUUCAAACAAAACUGAGCAACAUUAAGUAUAAUCAAUAUAGUAAAUCUGAACCAGAUAAACACUGGAGUCCAGAGAGCAGGAAGAUGAUUGAGUCUCUAGGAAAACUGGCUUUUAAUGAGCUGCAGAAAGGAAAUCUGAUGUUCUAUGAAUCAGACCUGACAGAGUGUGGCAUCGAUAUUAAAGAAGCCUCAGUGUACUCAGGAGUGUUCACACAGAUCUUUAGAGAGGAGAGAGGACUGUACCAGGACAAGGUGUUCUGCUUCAUCCAUCUGAGUGUUCAGGAGUUUCUGGCUGCUCUUCAUGUCCAUCUGACCUUUAUUAAGUCUGGUAUCAAUCUGAUGGAAGAACAACAAUCAACUUUCCAAAGAGAAAAAGUUUUUUACCAGUGUGGUGUGGAUAAGGCUUUAGAGAGUCCAAAUGGGCACCUGGACUUGUUUCUUCGAUUCCUUUUCGGUCUGUCACUGCAGAGCAAUCAGAUACUCCUUCGAGGUCUGCUGACACAACCAGGAAGUGGCUCACAGACCAAAGAGGAAACUGUCCAGUACAUCAAGAUGAAGAUCGAGGAAAUCCCUUGUCCAGAGAAAAGCAUCAACCUGUUCCACUGUCUGAAUGAACUGAAUGAUCGUUCUCUAGUGGAAGAGAUCCAAAAGUCCCUGAGAUCAGGAAGUCUCUCCACAGAUAAACUAUCUCCUGCUCAGUGGUCAGCUCUGGUCUUCAUCUUACUGUCAUCAGAAGAAGAUCUGGAUGUGUUUGACCUGAAGAAAUACUCUGCUUCUGAGGUUGCACUUCUGAGGCUGCUACCAGUGGUCAAGGCCUCUAAGAAAGCUCUACUGAGUGGCUGUAACCUUACAGAGCAAAGUUGUGACGCUCUGUCCACAAUUCUCAGCUCUCCAUCCUGUAGACUCAGAGAGCUGGACUUAAGUAACAAUGACCUGCAGGACGAAGGAGUGAAGGCACUGUCCAGAGGUCUGGAAAGUCCACAUUGCGCCCUGGAAACUCUUCGGUUGACAGGCUGCAUGAUCAUGCAUGAAGGGUGUAUUGCUCUGGCCUCAGCUCUGAACUCCAACCCCUCCUCCCAUCUGAGAGAGGUCGACCUGUCCUACAAUCACCCUGGAGACACAGGAGUGAAACUUUUGGCUGCUGAGUUGAAUGAUCCACACUGGAGAAUAGAAAAUCUCAGAGCUGACCCAGUUGGAAUCAAGUGGUUAAAAUCAAGUCUGAGGAAGUAUUUCUGUGAAUUCACGCUGGACCCAAACACAGCUCACAAAUUCCUCAAAUUAUCCGAAAGCAACAAAAAAGUGACAGACCUGAGAAAGGAGCACCCGUAUCCUGACCACCCAGAGAGAUUUGAUUACUGGCCUCAGGUGCUGUGUGAAAAUGGUGUGACUGGUCGCUGUUACUGGGAGGUCGAAUGGGUUGGAAAGGUUUAUAUUGCAGUAAGCUACAGAGGGAUCGGAAGGAAUGGAGACAGUGAUGCCUCAAAAUUUGGAGGCAAUGAGCAGUCCUGGUGUCUGACCUGCACUGAUGGAGGGUAUAGCGCCUGGCACAACAACAGCGGGACUCCCAUUACAGUAACGUCAUUAUCUGAUGUUUCUCACAGAGUAGCAGUGUAUGUGGAUCAUCCUGCUGGCACUCUGUCCUUCUACAGAGUCUCCUCUGACACUCUGAUCCACCUCCACACCUUCAACACCACUUUCACUGAAACUCUUUAUCCUGGGUUUGGUUAUGGGGUGAAGUUGAACUCAUCAGCCUUUCUGUGCACACUGUAGACCAGAAGCAUGGACAGAAAUCUCACUGGUUCCAUGAAUACUGUUUAACCUUAAAACUAAUGAAGAUUGUGAAAUAUGAUUUUGGAAUGAAAACUGACAGAACCAAGUUUGAACAACAACCCAGGGUGAGAUGAGUGUCACUGAACUUUUCAUUUCACUUUUAUUUAUAUAGUGCCAAAUCACAACAACAGCUGCCUAUAUUAUAUAUGUAUAAUGUACAGACCUUAUAAUAAUAAUAAGGGUCUUUUAGACUUUAAAAUCUUGGAAAAGGUCGACUUUCAAACCAGGUGCUGUACACUGCUCUGUUUAUGUUUGUUGUGUUUACCUUCAUUUUGUAUUUAUUUUAAUUUAAUUAGUUUUAAUGCUGUAAGAAAAUAAUUUCACAAUUCUGGGCUAAAGACUAUUUCGUCGUUAUUUUGUCUUUAUGAAAUUUCUUUAUACACUGUUAAUACAUAUAGUUUUAUUUUGUCUCC